AUGACCACCAAGUCGCCGCGGUCGGUGCGCCGCAGCCAAUGCCUUUGGGCGGAUGGCGAGCGGGACCGCGCGAUUUUGGGCCUGUUCUCCGGCCCCGGCGCGGUGCCCAUACCCGCCGGGGCGGCCUCCGUGGGCCGGUGCCUGCAGCUGGCGGGCGCCGCCGCGAGCGUCCUGUCCAUCGGCCUGCCGCCUGGCCUGCCGAUUCCGCCCCCGGUGGGCUUCCCGCAUCUGAAGGAGGAGGAGGCGUACAGGCAGUACCCGUACGACCGCCCGCCGCCCUCGGAAGCGUCUGAAGGGCUGCAGGAGGACGCCUCCACGGAAGAUAUGGAUGAUGGUGGAGAUGAGGGCUCGAUAGGUGAGAAGGUUUUAGAACACGAGGAAUGGGGGGACACAUGCAUGGGGGGCGGUGGCUCGAGCCCAAGCAAAAAACAUCCCAGACAAGGUGGCAGCAUGGAUGCAAAAAUUGUAGGGGAAGGUGGUGGGUCACUUGUCGACAAAGAGAAGGAUGAAAAACAGGAGGCCGAUGAAGCUAAACGAAGCGAUUCUGGGCUUGGCCUCCCAUCCCAAGGCGACGGGGAGGACAAAGAAGCAAACGUUGAAGUGUCAAAGAGAAGGAACCGCAGAGGCAGGCGGGAAGGCCGCAAGCAUCGGGGCGAUGCUGAAAAGAGCAACGAGUCAAGUCAGGAUGGCAAGCAAGACGGCCAAAGGAAGAGCCGCAGCAGGCAGCGUCGUAGGAGGAACUCAUCCCCUCGUGGUGCCAAAGGCAAGAUGGGGUAUGGUGGGAUGCGAAGCGAUGCAAUUCAGGAGUAUGAGGCCACACUGGCUCCUCCCCGGCAAGGCCAGGAAGGCAGUGGGGAGGGCUCACAGGUGCAGGGUGAUAUGUGGAAGAAAAUUGACCCUGCUGGGCAGGCAGUGCCACAGGAAACACAGGCUGGUGCUCGACAGGAAUAUGGGCCUGAUGUGGAAGGCAGAUGGAAGAAGAAUGAGCCAUCUCGUCCAGGACAGACAAGGCAAGAAGGCCAGAAGAAACGGAACACUGGGGAUUGUAGUGGACUGUGGAGUGAUUCACCUUCCCUGGAGGGCAGCAGGAAAGGGCAGCAAAACCAGGACGAUGCAUGGAAGAAAAACAGCGGGCUACAGCGAGGAACAUCAGGAUCCAAAAAGCAAACGGACCGAUGGGAGAAGAUUUCUCAAGUGGAAGAUUCACCAAUUGGCAGGAGGUCCCCAUAUCUUGCUUCACAAGAUCAAAGGCAAGACAAUCGAUGGGCGAAGAACCAGCCGCAAGAUGGCACUGCUGCAAAGGGUAGGCAGUCACCUUAUGCCAGUUCACGAGGGCAGAAGCAGGAUGGCCGCAGGAAGGAUCGUCAGGGCCCAGGUGAUGGUUGGAAGAAAAAUGCAUCUGGCAACAGACGAGGCAACAGGCGCUCUGACAGGUCGCACAAGGCAGCGAAGGAGAAUCGGGUGGUGGCUCCACCGGAGCACACAUGGAUGAAAUACUCAAUGGUCGGUCACAAGGUGGGACAGGGAGACAAGCUCGGUCAAGAUACUGGGGGUCAGAAGAAGAAACAGGAAGAAAAGCCUCCACAGCGUAGAGAGACUGAGGCUCAUAGAAGGCACAGGGAGAAGCUGGAACAGGCUCAGAGAGAAGCUGCAGGUGGAAAAGAUUCAGAGAAAGCCCUAGGAAAGCCUCAGGUGCAGCCUAAGGAAAACAGUACGAAGGACAAGCGUUCUGGGCAAGAAGGGCAAACCCCAAGCAUGCCACGCAGGCAGGAUGUUGCCAAGCAAGGGGCCCCUGAUCCUCCUGCCAGGCAGCCGGUCAAGUGGAACACUGGGUUUCUGAAGCAGAGCCUUGGUGGGAUAGUUCGGCAGCCUGAGGAGUCCUAA